AUGAGCUUCUCAUCCUUGCUGAACCUGCUGAAGCAGGCGGAUGGAGACGGCCCGGAUCCCGGCUCCGGCUCAAAGCCUGCGCCAUCGGCAUCAACAUCAGCAAGCUUACCUAGUCGACCUUCCCAACCGAACAGCGCACUCAGCGAUCUUCUGGCGCAGCUCGACGAUCAGCCUCACGAACCUACACGAAGCGCGUUUGACGGUCCGCGCAAGGGACUGAUGGAGCCCUUCGGCCCCGUCGCGGCUAUGGCUGCUGCCAGCCAGCGGCGUCGGGCGUCUUCGUCCUCAGCUCCCGACGCACAGGAUAAGGGCAAACGGAAGCUUGACGACACCGUCAGCAAAGCCGACUGGUCAUUUAGCAGAUGCUUGCCGGUGCUGACGGAUCUUCUGCGCGACGACGAGUUUGUGAAGGAGCUGAAAAAGGCGGAGCAGGACUCGCUGGAGCGUCGGCUGUGGGCGCGCAUGGAGAAGAUCAAGGCCGACCACGAGGCGAAGACGAAGCCGGAGCGCGAGGUCGCAAGGAUCACGCGGAAACCGAUCACGCAGGAGAAGCAGAAUCUGAAGCAGGCGCUCGACGAGUUCUACAAGGGGCACGUCAUGACAUCGGUCGACGGGCUGGCGGCGCGGCACAGAUCCAGACUCGUAAAGCUGGGCGUUCCGGGGCUGGGUGAGGGGAAGGCGUACGUCAAGGGCGCCAUUAAGACGAGGGAAGACAAGGAGGCUGCAUUGAAGGAGAAGGAACGUGUCAAGCGCAUCAUGGGCGUGCUGGAGGGUGCGCUCGAGGAUACCUAG